UAAAAAUGGCGACCUUCUUUGGACACGGAAAUCCAUUAUCAACAACAGUGGGUCAACUUAUAGAAAAAGCCACAGAUGGAACGCAGCCGUCAGAAAACUGGGCUCUGUUUAUGGAAGUUUGUGAUGUCAUAAAUGAAACUGAUGAAGGACCCAAGGAUGCUAUCAAGGCCAUCCGGAAACGUCUGCAGCAGAAUGCUGGCAAGAACUCCACAGCUGUUAUGUACACUCUCACACAACUGGAAACCUGUGUUAAGAACUGCGGUCAGCGUUUCCAUGUUCAUGUCUUGAAUAAAGACUUCCUUCAUGAACUAAUCAAAAUCAUUGGUCCAAAAAAUGACCCACCACAGAUUGUACAGGAAAAAAUCCUUAGCUUAAUUCAGACAUGGGCUGAAGCAUUUAAAGGAUUACCGGAAUAUAAAGAAGUGGAAAAGGUUUACACUGAACUGAAAACAAAGGGCAUUGAAUUCCCCAUGACGGAUCUUGAUCACAUGGCACCAAUUCACACACCAGCUAGGAGUGUACCCGGAACUGAAGCACAAAACCGACCUUCACCUCAGCACAGAGUAGUAAGUGGUGGUCCGAUGGUGCCACCUGGUGGUAUGCCAGUACAAGGAACCGUAACGCCGACUACGGAACAACAAGGCAAGCUGCAGAGAGAUCUGGAACUCGUAUCCGGAAACGUGAGAGUGAUGUCUGAAAUGUUAACUGAACUCAACCCUAACAGUGUCGACACGUCAGAUCUCGAACUCCUACAGGAACUGAACAGAACAUGCAGACAAAUGCAGUCGAGAAUUGUUGAUCUUCUAAGUCAUGUUGGCACAGAAGAAGUCACAAAUGAACUGUUGCGAGUAAAUGAUGACCUGAAUAAUGUGUUCUUGCGGUAUGAAAGGUUUGAGCGGUACAGAACGGGGCAAGUCGGUACUCCCGACCAGGCCCCUGUCUCCCAUCCAGUUCCGUCUACUGACCACUUGCCUCCAUCGUAUGACCAGGUUGUGUCCUCCACUGAUGAUGGAGGAAUGUUGGAAGCGUCUAGUAAUCCGAAUGUGGGUAACCUGAUAGAUCUCGGGGAAGAUCAGAAUGCUUUGACUAACGUGGCUGCACAGUUUGCAGACUUGAAUGUUGGAGCUGUCAACAAUACUUUAGGAACAACAGAUGCUACAAGGAAUGCAGCACCCCCUCCUAGACAGGACGAGGAAUUUGACAUGUUCGCACAGUCUCGACAGUCAUUUGAUCAGAACAGAAAAGCUGCUGGUGAGGGAACGUACACGAACCAACAAGAAGACCAGGUGAAUGCGGCACUGGGAACCGCUGUCAACACACGUGCACAAGGGGAAACAUUAAAAGACUCAGAGGUGCUUCAGUUGCAAGAUAAAGAAACAGAUUAUGAUGAAAUGGAAGCCUGGCUGUCAUCACAGAAGAAAAAGACUGAAGCAGGUGGAGAGACUGUUUCUAGCUCAGAAUUUGAUAAGUUUCUCGCUGAACGUGCUGCCGCGGCCGAGGAACUGACGACGAUCCCCGCGGCGACCGGACCACAGCCACCUCGGACGCAGCGCAGCAACCGGCAGAUGGGGAAAGACGAAGAGGAAAAUCCACUGUUUGCGUUGUGAACAUUUGUACCCUUGCCUGUGUAUGAUACAUGUAUAAAAUUAUCAUAGUGGUCACUUUAUGCAGAUCUCUUUGAGUUCUCUUGUUGAAACAGGAUGUAUGAGGAUGUUUGUUUUUGACUCGCCUAUUUUUACGAAGUAAAAAGCUGAGAUACAGGUAUUAUUUUUCCGAUGGCGUAGGAGAGAGCGUCAACUUUUGCAUUAAAAUUAUACGUUUAGAUACAGGCCCUAAUCUUGCCGGUGAAAUGAGAGUUAUUUUCGCCGAAAAUUGGCUCAAGUCACCAAGUUAUUAGCAGUAGUGAGAAGUUGAAGUCGCCGUAAUUUUCUGGACUUAAUCCGAUUUCAAAAACGAAAUUGCACAACAGACGUCAAGACCUCGAUUUGUUUAUUGUCAUAGCUCACUUGGCACCUUGUCGCCGUAUGUCGGACAGUGUUUUUACUUUGGUGCCAGACUGUAUUCUCGAGUAACCGGAACUGGCCUAUUAACGGGAAAUGGUUUAUACACAUGCGCACUGGAAUGUUUUACCUUGUUCAAUUUAUUAUCAAAAUCAACCAACAAAUGUUAUUACUAAUGCCAGUUUCUGCUGUGAAGAGAUCAAAUACAUUCUUCAGAUACAUCAUUCACCCGUAAACCGUGUUAUUGUUUCUCAAAGCAAUGCUUGUCACGCCACAUGUUGUGACCAGUCGAGCGUUCUUAAUCCUCGACCACAUUCAUUUCAGUAAUGCCACAAAAUACUGAUUAAUACUACAAUUUCAACAUACCGGCACAGUAUCAGCUACUUAAUAAUAACACAUUUUUAAUAAAACAUACAACUGUCUACUGGAAGUAGUAUUUUACGAUUAGAACCGAGUGUAAAAUUCAGAAUUUUUCCCAUUGAACACGGAAACUGGCGAAACAUUACGAAAUGUACAAAAAACCAGUUCACUUCAUCUAUUUUUAUCAAACCUCUCCCCUUUCGUCUGGAAAGGGAGAAGUCACUUCUAGUUUUUCAAAUCUAGAUUAGGGCCUGUAGAUCAGUUUCUCAUGAACUAUAAGUUCUAGGUCAUUGAAACUUGGUUUAUAAUUUCACCUAUGGAUUAAACGUUUUUUAUGGUAGGCGAGACAUUUAAUUUCGCAGAAUUCUUGUUUCUUAAAAUUCUUUUGUGACUGUAGAUCCACCUGAUGAGGCCAUCUUGUUUGGUGGUGAAUACAAUAGUGUGUUAUAUUUGGUGUUAUACACUUUAAAAUAGAUGGAACAUUUUCAUUAAAUGUAUGUUUUUUUUUUUUUUACAAGCCACCACACAUUAUGGCCAGUAAUGAAGUAAAACUGUGUUUCGAAAUUAGUUAUAUAUGUAGAUAUAAUACAAUGCAUUGUUAUAUGCAUAUUAUACAGUUUGCACUUACAGUUGAAUAUUAUACAGUCCAUGGUUACAUGUGGUUACACCUACAUGCAUAAGCAUCUAUAAACUGCUGUGAAAAACAAUAUUCUCUUGUCAUGCAGUUUUUGAAAAAGGAAUCCUGUAAUUUUCAUUCAGUAAUUCAGGGUUUCUGCCAGAGGGUAAAAUGGGUAUGGCACCAUACCAAAAUAUUUUUGCAGAUUUUAUUUUUUUUAAGUUAAUGUUUUGACAAAAUUAAAAACUCUUUAUCAUUACUGUAUGAUUUUCUUAACCCUAACCCUAAAAUUAACGCAUUUUCGUUUUGUCGACUGUGUUUGCAUUCAGCACACACAUUGUAAAUAUUCAUAUCCGUAAUGCCAUACCCAAAAAUUUCUUUCUAGCAGAAACACUGCAGUAUAUAGUGAGAGAAUAUUUCAUGUUUCUUUUUUGUUUUUUUUCUUUAAAUAGAAUUUACUUUUCUUAGAGUGAAGUAUGCAAAUUGAGAUAUACAUGUGCAUUUAACAAAAAACAUGACAUUUUUCAUUUCUUGUAAAUAACUGAUAAUUUUACCUUUAUACCAGAAAAACAUUGAGCAGUUAGUGUAAACCAUAUAACCGACCAAUGGCGUAAUUUUUUUGUGAAGUGGAUAAAACAGUUUUGAGACUCACUAGUAACUGAUAGCAAUAUUAUUUCACACACGUUCAGAUUUUCAACAAAAUCUUCAGACAGGGCCACACUUACAGUGUAUUUAUAAAAGUUGCCCAAGAUCUGUAUUGACUUUUAGUCUUUAUAUCCAGGUUAAAUAUGCUUUGUAUACUUAACCCCUUUGUCCACUGUGAACAGGAUAACUUCAAAAGGAUUGAUAAGAAAAAAACCUAUGUUAAAGGGUUAAAAGACAUGUAAUUGGUACCCAAGGUAUAGCUGAGAUGACUGCAGUGUGAAAAAAUGUUUGACUGAUGACCUUAUGGAAUUUAAUACUUAAAUGUAUGAUCCUAAGUUAUACAUAAAUUUGCAUGUUACGUUUAAUAAUUGUUUAUUUUUAAUAUUAAGCAUGUUUUCAGACACAUUUGUAUUUAAAAAAAAAAUCUUUUUUUUGUUUGUUAAUGUAUUACAUGUAAAUGAUUGAUAAAUUUAAGCAUUUACAUGAAGUCGUUUUCAAAAAAAAGAAUUAAGUAAAGAAAGAAAAAUAUAGACGGUUGCUUUAUUAACCCCAAGAAUGCUGUAUAUGAAGAGAAAGAUUUAGUUUUGUGUCAGUCUGUUUAUUAAAACUGUGUAUUGAUCAUUAACCCAGGCUGAAUGUAUUGUACACUUGUAUGUAAAUAGGAAUACAAUUUAUACAGUUGUAUUAUAUAUAUAUAUAUAUUUGCCUUAAAAUUGUAAACAUUUAGAAAAUUAUGCUGAUGUUAUUUUUAUUUUUUUCAUCUUUGAUUUUGCUUUUCCCUAGUUUUUAUUCAACGUUUGACUCUGGCUUAAAACUUAUCAUUCAUUCUCUCGUGUCAAAGCAAAGGUAGUCAACGUCAAUCACAAAUAUAAUGGUCAAGUUAUUUUUAGUCAUGUUUGAAUUAAUUUAAGUUUUUAUAUCUUGAGUUGUUAAUUAUUUAAUUUUUAUUAUUAAACUCAACAUAAAGGGACUGAUGUUUGACAAAACAUCCUUGACUAAUGACUGGUAACACAGCAUUUAAAUCACAAAACUGUUGCUUCAUGAUGGAAUUCAUCUGUACUGUAUUUUUAGGCACUUAGAACUAGGUAGAACAACUGUGGUGGAAGCAGGGAGGGGUAGGAGGCAAUGGUUCAAGAUAGUUGAAAUGUUACUUUAUAAUAUAUACUCAACAAAAUGCAUUACGGACAAGUAGACAUUUUUGGUAAAUCUUUGCCAGUGCCAUUAUAGUAUUUGAGCAAGUUUUGAUCACGGGUGACUUGUAAACAUUAUUUCAGUAAUAUUUGAUCCAGAAUGCCACAAGUAACUACUGAACAUCACUGAAGUGGUCAGACUAAGCCCUCAGCUAAAAGCUGAUGGGAAAUGGCAGCUGUGUAGCACAGAUAGCCACAAGAAAUGAGCACUUGUGGUUGGUGAGACAAGGACUGGGAUGUGGAGAUGGACAGCAAAAGAAGUUGAAAGAUUAGAGGAGCUGCCAGAUAGGAAGAACUGAGAUGGAAGUCAAAGAAGAGAAAGGAAAAGGGGCACUGAGGAAAAAAUUUAAAUUAUUUUUUUUUUUUUAUCCAUGAUAUACACAAAUAUCUUGCACAUGGUACGGUUUUAAGCAUCAGUAUUGUAUCACUACCAAAAUGCAAAUUGUGCUAGGAUUCAUUACACGUUGUGUAAAUCAUUAAUUUGAAGAAUAUGCCUAAUGUUAACACCUUACUAUGGAAGAAGCUGUUUUUGUUUAUCAAUUAAAGAAAAAUGCUAGAAAUAUUUAUGGGCCCUUAAUUAAUUUUGUUGAGUAUAUAUUGAAAAAGAGAAGAAAGAAACCUCGAAGAAAUUAGGAAUAAAAAAAUAAAUAAAAUGAAUCCAACAAAUUGUUAUUGGAAUUCAAGUAGGCAGUACACUGCUUAAUUGUAGCCUCAGGCAUCUCAUAUUGGCAGUGAGACACUUUCAAGCAGCUCACUUCUAUAAAAGUACUAACUAUUACAAUUUAAAUUACUAGUAUUGCAUGAUUAGUGAUUUUUAAUUCUGAACUUGGGUUUUGCUACUUAAUUUUUUGUGAAGCAAUGAGACAUUAUUUUUGCUAAGAAGGCAAAAAAAUGUGUUCCUUGUAUGCGGAAUUCUUUGUAGUCUACAAUGUAUAAUAACCAGAAUAUGCUUGAUAUUAUCCAAUUAUUGCAUAUAAUCAUUUCUGAACAUCCUGAAUUGGAUCCCUUUGGAAAAACAACAGUUUCACUGCUGACAUUUGGAGAACACAGGCUUGUCCAUUUGGAAAUGGCAGAAGAGCGUUCCAUUGCUCUCCUGGUGAUAAUUCCAGGUGAGAAAUGUCAAAUAGGGAGACCUGUUCAACACAUUUAAAAAAAUGAGUAUUGUUACAACACAUGCUAAAGCAAAACAGAUGAAAGCAUGAGUGCUGAAACACUGACUGCUUUCAAUCUUUGAGUGAAUAUAAGGUGAGCAUGAGCAAUUACUCACCUCACAAAAGAGGCCACAAGAACCCAAGUAUUAUUUGAAUCAUGUGCAGCUCCGAAAGAAUGGUUUCCAUUUAUUCAGUUUUAGAAAAUCAUUAUUUUAUAUUUGUCAAACUAAUUCAAGAAAAUGUGAUGGUACUGGUUCAGAAGGACAGUAUAUAUAUAUAUAUAUAUAUAUAUAUAUAUAUAUAUAUAUAUAUAUAUAUAUAAAGUACUGGACACCUUUAAUAUAUUGUUUAAUCUAACAUUCUCGUCAGUUAUUGUUUUCAAAGUGAAUGCAGUUAUACUUUCUUUACAUUGUGUAUGAAGAUCUCUCUUGUUGUUUUUCUGAUUUGUUAUAUAUUAAUAUUACAACUGCUAUUACUUGGAAUUGCUUCUGGUAGUGGUUGCUUGGUUUGGGUUUUAUUAAUAAGACUACAUUCUCAUAAUCUCAGGCCGACCUAAUGAAUUUAAUGGUUCACUGUAACCAUCCCACCAAAAUAAUCUCGCUCACAUUAUGGUAUUUUUUCAUAUUUAAAAAAAGAGAGAAGAAAAACCCCAAAAGAGUUGAAUAAGUAUAUUAGUAAAUAAUACUGCCCACUGACCCAUCCACUGUUCGAAUCAUUUGUUGGGUUAUGAGCAAUCCAAAUUGUUUUCAAGAUGGCCUUUGGUUGCUGUGGAAUACUUUAUAAUGAAUUCCGUAUGUCUGAAUUGUUGAAUAUCCUAUGUUCAUUAGUGUUAUAAAUUUGUCACUUUCCCCUCCAUCAAUUUGAAAUGGUUGACUUAUCUUGCGUUCCAUCAUCAGUUUGAAAUGGAUGACUUGUCUUUCCUUUCCCUCCAUCAAUUUGAAAUGGAUGACUUGUCUUUCAUUUCCCACCAUCAAUUUGAAGUGGAUUUUUGGCACUUUAAAAAUUCAUGUACAUAGAAACACUUUUAUAAGGAUGAACAGAACAAACUGUCAUUUGCUGUUGUAGGUAAAUGGGACAGAAAAGCUUUGUUUAUACUUCAGUUGUAGAAAGUUUUGCAAAAAAAUUUCUCAAGGCAUUGAACAUUGACCAGCAUUGUUACUGGGUUCUAACACUAAUUGUAGGGUGGGACGUAGCCUAAAUGGUAAAGUACUCACUUGAUGCGUGGUCAGUUUGGGAUCAAUCCCUGUCGGUGGGCCCAAUGUUUGACAUCCAAUCAUUAAUAAAUUAAUGUGCUCUAGUGGUGUCAUUAAACAAAACAAACUUUUUGUUUGAGAUUUUAAAUGUUGGUGUUGACUUGUCAGAUCAAUUAUUAGUCCCCUACCGGUCCAACCGGUUUCAUCUCUGUCCUCCUGUCUGUCUGUCUCUCUGUCCCACAUAUAGUUUUCCAGAUGUUUUUUUAUAGAAUACCUUGAGAUAUUGAGCUGAAAUUUGGUGUACUGUUACAGAUUAAGUUUGACUUUCAUGACGAUUUACCAAUUUUUAAUAGCAUUAUGGCCCUUCAUCUUAGGAGAUAUAAAGAUUUGUUUUCCAAACUUGUUUUUUUCAGAAGGCCUUGGGAUAUUUACCUGAAAUACUGUAUAUAGCUUUAUCAUGAACAGUUAGAGAUAAAGUUUGACUUUCGUGACGAUUUACCUAUUUUUGACAGAGUUAUGGCCCUUGAACUUAGGAGAUGUGAAAAAAGUUUUUCCGCACUUUUGUUUUGCAAUGCCUGAAGAUAAAAUACUGAGAUGAAAUUUUGUAUAUAGCUUUAGCAUGUUCUGUUACUGAUCAAGUUUAACGUUCAUGGUGAUUUAACCACUAUUCACAAAGAUAUGACCCUUUUAUUUAGGAGAUACGAAAAAUUGUUGUGCCCUGUAGGGGACAUGUAUUGCUUUAGCAGUACUCUCAGAAUUCUUGUUAGACAUUAUAAUACACUUGGCACCAUUUUGGAUACUUGUACUAAAAAAACCCAUAAAAUUAUGUUCUGUUAGUAUCACAGUAUUCUUUGUCAUGGCCUCAUGCCAAUGGCUGAUUGCAACUGAAAUACAAACCAGGCUUUACUUGGAAUUAAUGACAAUGGUUUUUUUAAAAGUUUGGAUGAUUUGAAGAAUAUUUUUGUAUAGGUACCAAAGAGAAAGACCAAUGAAGUGCUGUUAUUGUUUUGUGUAGGUUUUACUUUUUCUUUUGUUUUAUAAAAUAUUUUCUUUGUUUUGUUUCCUUGUUUUAUCAGAAAGAAUUUUUUUGUGUUUACUUUGAUAUAUUCAUUGUAUUGCUCAAGUUUGCUUGACUUGUAAAUAUAAAUGAUAUGUAGAUUAUUAAUUAAUUAUUUAUUCAUGUAUUCAGUUCAGAUAUAUUCUAUAGACUUGUGAAUAUCUUCAUUUUAAUGUAUGUUUCUGCAAACUAAAAAAGAAUGAAUACAAAAGAAAAUGGCAUAUAGUUUUAUAUGUCUGUUUAUGUCUAACUGAAGUAAAAGCUGUUUUUGGAAGAAAAACUGAAAGUUGGAGGUGUUCAUUUAAAACAUGCCACCAAUGGUAUUAAAAUAAAUAAUUUACAACAUCCCAUGAAAUAUAUUUCUGUAUAUUGUCCACCAUAUUAUGUGAAACACACACACACACACACACACACACACACACACGCGCGCAUGAGACGCAGACUCAGGUGGCACACACACACGUCACACACACACACACACACACACACACCUUCACUCAACACAUACACACAAAAACACACAACACAGACAUACACAUAUACAUGCACAAAAUCCUUCCAAUACUGUACAUAAAAUAAACAUCAAAUAAAAUGAUUCAACAGACCCAAAAGACAUAAACAGAAAUUGGAUGGCAUCCUCCAGUUCCUAUCCUUGUAUCCACCGACCCCCUUCAUCCUCACCCCAGUGGUAAUGCUUCAUCCUCACCCCAGUGGUAAUGCUUCAUCCUCACGCCAGUGGUAAUGCUUCAUCCUCACGCCAGUGGUAAUGCUUCAUCCUCACGCCAGUGGUAAUGCUUCAUCCUCAUCCUAGCGGUGAUGAUUUCUUAGCAAGCUGUAGAUGACUGAGAACCUGUCACCAAGUUUUAGGUAUGGAAUAUUGGUUGCUUUGCAGCCCGUUAUGGCAAGCGUCAUCAUUGAAUGUUAUCUCAGUGUCCUAGGUUGGGGUUUCCAGCACAUCUGUAUCUUGGUUCAUAUCAAUGUGUUACGUUCUAGUGAUAUACUUGUGCAAGAAACAAACAAAAGAAAGGAAAGAAAGCUAUAAUUUUAAAUACUUUAAAUAAUCUCGUAGCUAAGACAUUUUAUAGUGAAUGGAUAAAUACAAAAGUGUAUCAGUUCAGUGUUCUAAGGGUCAAAGAAAGGCUAUGAAGAAUAAUAUAAUAAAACUGAAAAAUGGUUUAAGAAGGUAAGCACAUUAAAGAUAGCAUGAACACGAAUGCCUAUAAUAAAAGAAGAAAAAAUAAAGAAUAUCGAAGAGAGCUGGCGAUGAUUUUGGUUUAAAUGACAAACAGAUGAGAGUUGUAAGCACCAAAUUAUAAAUAGAAGAACCUAGUGACUUAGAUCCAGAGUUUGAUAGAAUGACAUGAACUCCAAUAAGCAGUCCUGUUGCCUGCCCAAUGAGCACAAGAAACCAAUCCAUUUAAAAGCAUCUCAUUGAUGAGUAUAUUUUUAGAGAUAUUUUCGGUAUUCAUUUGUUAUUCACUCGCUACAACAAUUUUCAGUUACUAGAUUAUUCUCAGUACCUAAAGUUAUAAAUUCUGUCUUUCUUUGGUUUGUUCCAUUAGUAUAUCAUUCUUCACAUGUGAAUACGUCCUUUAGAUUGUUUGAUAGUGUCUGAAUUCCCCCGUCUUUUUGUACAAUGUCCCAUCCUGAAAUCUUUUUCACGUUAUUUUGUGUUGUUAUAUUCAUUUAUUGUAUAAUGAACAAAACUGCAUCGGGAUAUUGGUUGAAACUGCAACUUGGAUGAUUGGAUACAACAUAUUGGUCAAAAUUAAUGUGAUUAUAUAGACAGCAACAGAUAACCGUGCCAGUAAAUAUCAUUGUCCAUGAAUUAGGUCACAUUUUGGACAUCAUAUUUGAGAUCAGCAUCCUGGGAAACAUAUGAAAUAGUAUAUUACAAUCCAUAAUAUAUUAAAAAUAAACCAGCCAUUUAGAACUUUUCCAAUAACAAACGUCCUGCUACGUCAUAAAUUCCAUCGGAUUCAGAUUCUAUGGGCAAAAUGGCCAUAGAAACAACUCUGUAAACUCAGCUUUUAAGAAACAAGUUUUAAGUUUGCCCAAUCCUACUUAUAAUGGAGAAGAAAUAUGUCUGAACACCUAUAAACACGUUUGACUACCAUUAAGUUUAGACUGAAAUACAAUGUAUCAGUAAUACAGUAAUAUUAAAGACGCGUUGUUUCAUUGUCCAGGUGACCAAGAGAUGUCGGCGGCUUCAGCUAUAAAUAUCGCCAUUCGAUGGGGGUGAAAAGUAGUGCAUUAUCUUCAGAGUUGUGUCGUUGUAGUGCUACCUUCCUCCACGUCCAACGCUUAUGUACGCAAAAAUAACACUAUUUCUUUUCCACAUUUGUUUAUUUUUCAGUUAUUAGUUAAGUGAACAGCUAUCUUAAGCAUAGCUUAGCUUACUGGGGAUUAAUCUUUUAUGAACAAAUCGUAAUUCAGCGGAAAACCAAUUUCUUUCAGUAGUUCAGUUUAUUAUUCCAUGCAAAUUUAAUUUUCAUAUAAUUAGCAUUUAUAUAACAUUAUGUAUUAUUUGAUGUACAUACAGAUCAAUGCUUGCAUGUAAGAAAUAAAUGGAUAUCUUGUAACAUCCAAAUUAA